AUGCCGCCGAAACGAAAGAUUAGCUCAGAUGCCAACGAUAAGAAGAAACGUCGAAAAGUCAUCACGUUGGAAACGAAGUGCAACAUAAUAACCGACAACGAGUCCGGUAUCUCCCUGAAGGAUCUGGUCGCCAAAUACAUGUUAAGCACCUCCACGGUGAACUCUAUUUUAAAGGACAAAGAGAAGUAUUUAGAGCAAGUGAAAAACGCUCACUGGCUCCAAUCCACUUGGGUGCGAAGCAAGCAAAACGAGAGCCUGAUACCUCGCAUGGAGAAACUCUUAACGGACUGGGUAAUCGAUCAAACGGAAGUACACGCGCCUGUAACUUACGCCACCGUUCGCGCGAAGGCUCUGUCCAUCUUCAACGCGCUCAAACAGGAGAAGGGAGGCUGCGAGGAGCGUUUCUCCGCCAGCAGCGGGUGGUUCGAUCGGUACAAGAGGAGAUCUGGCUGGCACAGCAACAAAGUCCUCGCCGAAUACACGAAUACAAACAACGACGAGGCGAGGCUGUUUUCGAGAAUGUUAGCCGGGAUGUUGAAAGAGGGCAAUUACUCCCCGUCGCAGGUCUUCAACGUCGACGAAACCGAGCUCUACUGGAAACGUAUGCCCCCUUGCAGCUCUACAGUUAAAGAAGAAUCGUCCACGAUCUUCAGAGCAUCCAGGGAUCGUCUAACUUUGUUACUCGGUGGGAACGCAGCUGGCGACUGCAAGCUGAAACCCAUGAUGGUGCACCGCGUACAGAAUCCGAGAGCACUCAGAGGUAUCGUCAAAAGUUCGCUUCCGGUCAUAUGGAGAGGCAAUAAGCGAAGUUUGGUCACUGCCUCCAUCUUCGAAGACUGGUUCUCCCAAUACUUCGUACCUCGGGUGACAAAAUACUGCGAGGAUAAAUCCAUUCCUUUUCGCGUUAUUCUGCUCUUGGACAGCGCACCUUGUCAUCCACUGUCUCUUCAGCAUCACCACUCCAACGUCAAGAUAAUGUUUCUGCCGCCAAACGUCGCUUCCAGUUUGCAACCCAUGGGCCAGGGCGUCACCGCCAUCUUUAAAACGCUUUACCUUCGUUACACGUUCGAGAUGUUGCUCAAAUUAAAUGGAAAUAGGGCGAGUCCCACGGUUCAGGAGUUUUGGAACGAAUCCUUCGGUAUUUUGAACGCGAUAAAGAUUGCUGCGCGUGCAUGGAACGAUAUCACGGCGAUCAGCAUGAGAGGCGCUUGGAAGAAACUAGGUCCACGGUUUUCUUUUAAUAUGGAAGGGUUGGAGGAGCCAGGAGAGAUUAUAUGUCGGAGUAUACAGGCGAUCGUCAGUCUUGCCAACGAAUUGAAUCUGAAUGUCUCUGCGUCCGAUGUAAACGAUCUUCUGGAAGCGCACGACGAAGAGCUUAUGGAUGAAGACAUCUUGGUAAUGGAGGAGCCAGAGGAGGACGAGGACGAGGAGGAUAUCGAGAACGAGACUCCGGUUCGUUCUUUUACUCUGGAGGCCCUAGACGAGGCGUUUCGGCACAUUGAAAGGGCGAGCGAAAUUUUUGAGUCGCAAGAUUCUAAUUUUGAGAGAGCUACGAAAAUUGGCGAAGAACUGAGGAACGCCUGCGAGUGCUAUCGGGAAAUUUAUGAAGAAAAGAAGAGACUGAUUGGGCAGCGUACUCUUCUUCUGCAGAGAGAUGCUGCGGGUAGUUCUAACGAAACGAAAAUUAGCGAGGCUCAGUCUUCGAUUGAUUCGGAGCCAUUUAACGAGCUUCGAAUAUUUGUGGACUGCGUGGUGAAGCGUUCUUUGAGCACAGAGAGCUUGGACAUUGAGGAGAAUAAUAGUUAA